AUGGCUUCUCCAAGUGGAACUUAUUCAGGAUCAAGCUCGAUUCAUAACUCUUCUGAAGACAAUUUGCAGCAUAUAAUGGAUCAAAGGAAACGCAAAAGAAUGAUUUCGAAUCGCGAAUCUGCACGUAAAUCACGCAUUAGGAAGCAGAAGCAAAUGGAUGAUCUGCUGGCUCAGUUGAAUCAAUUGAGGACUGAAAACUACAAUUUGCUGACCAACAUGAAUGUUGUUACUCAGCUAUACCUGAAUAUUGAGGCUGAAAACUCAGUUUUAAGGGCUCAGAUGGGUGAACUGAACCACAGAUUACAGGCUCUCAAUGACAUAAUCAACUACAUGAACUGCACAGAAAACACUGUUGCUGAAUUUGAUGAAAAUGACAAUAUUUAUGCUUAUAAUGAGCAGAUGAUUAAUGAGGAAGAUUUCUUGAAUCCAUGGAGUUUGCUUCACGUUAAUCAGCCAAUAAUGGCCUCUCCUGAUAUCUUCAUGUACUGA